CCGCUGUAGCUCUGUCUGGCGUCGCGGAGCCCCAAUCAGGUGCCAUCACACCCGGUGUUUGAGCAUGCCAUUGGCUGGUGGGGAAAAGGAGCUGCGCGCAAAACCAACCCUGCUGCUCACACUCUCCUCACAGAAGCCGAGCUGAGAACAUCAUCCGCUUUGAGCGCUUAGGCGCAGUGAUUACAACCUCGCGCAGGGAGAUAGACAGAGAGAAAGUCCUCUUAUUCGCUGAGUCUUUACUAAGAAGUUGCAUUCGUUAUUGAUUCGUGACCGGGAGUUGUGUCUGGCUCCGUGUUCCCUGCUCGUGUGGAGUUCCCUGUUUUUGUUUCGUGACUUUUUCUGUGAAGAAGUGUAGGGGGGGGAAAUCCACUCUGUGCGCACGGGGAGUGUUGGCUGUGCGUCCUGGCUCCAGCCUGCCCAUGUUUGCGCUGACGCCAAAAACUCACAGACCGACGCAGAAUUGAUUAAACGAGAGAAGCUGGGAUCAAAUGGCUGUGCUUCUCACAGCUGAAACGACACAAUGUUCCACUGACGCGAGGCACAGGAGAGGAAUUUUGGAAUCGGACAGCCUUGUUGCUGUUUUCUUCACUGCCUUUUUACGGACAGAGGAAAUGGGAAAUGCUCAUUUCUUGUAAGAAAAAGGAAUAACUCUCGUAUUUUUGUUUGUCUUUAAGUGCACUUUGAAAGAGGAGGCAGGAGAUGAUUUGGUUAAUAUCCUUGCUCUUCAUCCUGGAUGGAGCUGUCUCUCAGCUUCAUUACUCCGUGCCAGAGGAGCAGGAGCCUGGCUCGGUGGUUGGGAAUAUUGCAGAGGAUUUGGGGCUGGACAUCACCAAACUUUCCGCUCGUCGCUUUCAGACGGUGCCUAGUUCGCGGACACCGUAUCUGGAGGUGAACUUAGAAAACGGUGCGCUCCUGGUGAAGGAGAAAAUCGACCGGGAGGAAAUCUGUAAGCAGACCAUCCCGUGCCUUUUGCACCUGGAGGUGUUUCUGGAGAACCCGCUGGAGCUUUUCCGCGUGGAAAUCGAAGUGAUGGAUAUCAACGACAACCCACCCAGCUUCCCCGAGACGGACAUUGCCGUGGAGAUAUCAGAGAGCGCAAUUCCCGGGACCCGUUUCCCGGUGGAGAACGCCUUCGACCCCGACGUGGGCACGAACGGGCUCAGCACAUAUGCCAUCACGAAUAACAACUAUUUUUACCUUGAUGUGCAGACGCAGAGCGACGGGAACAAGUUUGCAGAGCUGGUACUUGAGAAGCCGCUGGACAGGGAGCAGCAGGCUGUGCACCGCUAUGUGCUGACAGCCGUGGAUGGGGGCAUCCCGCAGCGGACCGGGACGGCUCUCCUGGUCGUUAAAGUUCUGGACUCUAACGAUAACGCGCCCACAUUUGACCAGUCUGUGUACAGUGUUAACCUGCGGGAAAACUCCCCCGUGGGAACUCUAGUGAUUCAACUUAACGCCACGGAUGUAGACGAGGGACAAAACGGGGAAAUAGUCUAUUCUUUCAGCAGCCACAACACUCCGCGGAUAAAGGACUUAUUCAACAUUGAUGCCAGAACAGGUAGGAUAGAGGUGGCGGGGGAGGUGGACUAUGAAGAGAGUAAUACGCACCAGAUUUAUGUCCAGGCGAAAGACCUGGGGGCGAAUGCGGUCCCCGCGCACUGCAAAGUGCUGGUCAAACUCGUGGACGUUAACGACAACACACCGGAGAUCGGGUUCAGCACCGUGACCGAGUCCGUGAGCGAGCAGGACGCGCCGGGCACCGUGAUCGCUCUGUUCAGCGUCUCGGACCGGGACUCGAGUGAAAAUGGACAAAUGAGCUGCGAGAUUUUGGGAGACGUUCCUUUCAAGCUGAAGUCCUCUUUUAAAAACUACUACACCAUCGUGACGGACGGACCGCUGGACAGAGAGAUCGCGGAUUCUUACACCAUCACUGUGGUGGCUAAAGACAAGGGUCAGCCUUCACUCGCCACCAGCAAGUCCAUUAAAGUGCACGUCUCUGAUGAGAAUGACAAUGCGCCCCGUUUUACGCAGGCUGUUUAUGAUGUGUAUGUAACUGAGAACAACGUGCCCGGUGCUUUCAUUCACGCUGUGAGUGCUUUGGACCCUGACAUAGGACAGAACGCUCUUAUUACUUACUCCAUAUUGGAGUGUGAUAUACAGGGCAUGUCUGUGGACACGUACGUGUCCAUAAACCAGGACACCGGCUACCUUUACGCGCUGCGCUCCUUUGAUUAUGAACUGCUGAAGGAGUUCAGCUUCAUGGUGCAGGCGAAGGACUCGGGUCCUGCUGAGCUUUUCUCUAACGCCACUGUAAAUGUGAUUAUAGUUGACCAAAAUGACAAUGCUCCCUCUGUCAUAGCCCCCAUCGGUAAGAACGGCACAGCCAAAGAGCACCUGCCGCGCUCUGCAGAGCCUGGCUACUUGGUGACGCGCGUCGUGGCCAUGGAUGCGGAUGACGGCGAGAACGCACGGCUGUCCUACAGCAUCCUGCGGGGCAAUGAGUUGGAGAUGUUCCGCAUGGACUGGAGGACAGGGGAGCUGAGGACAGCCCGUAGAAUCUCUCCCAAGCGGGACCUGCGGGGCUACUACGACCUCCUGAUUGAGGUGAGGGACCACGGGCAGCCCCCGCUCUCCUCCUCCGCCAGUGUGAGUGUGAUAUUAGUGGACAGCGUGGUCGAAGGCCACAGUGGGGAUCGCGGCUCGGCCUCCAAGGCAAAGGAGACCUCUCUUGACCUCACGCUUAUCCUCAUCAUCGCCCUGGGCUCCGUUUCCUUCAUUUUCCUCCUGGCCAUGAUCGUCCUGGCCGUGCGCUGUCAGAAGGACAAGACGCUCAACCUGUACACGUGCCUCAUGGCAGGUGAAUGCUGCCUGUGCUGCGGCGCGUGCUGCAGCAGGCAGGCCCGGGGCCGCAAGCAGAAGAAGCUCAGCAAGUCCGACAUCAUGUUAGUCCAGAGCACCAACGUGACCACAGGGGUCGGGCCCGUGGGGCAGGUGCCCGUGGAGGAGUCUGGCGUGGGCGGCGUGGGAGGAGGCUUCGGCUCCCACCACCACCAGAACCAGAACUCCUACUGCUACCAGGUGUGUUUGACACCGGAGUCCGCCAAAACGGAUCUGAUGUUCCUAAAACCGUGCAGCCCCUCCCGCAACACAGACUCGGAUCACACCAACCCCUGCGGUGCCAUAGUCACCGGUUACAGUGACCAACAACCGGACAUCAUAUCCAAUGGCAGUAUUCUCUCUAAUGAGACAAAACACCAACGAGCAGAACUCAGCUACCUGGUGGACAGACCCAGACGUGUCAACAGUUCUGCGUUCCAAGAAGCAGACAUCGUCAGCUCCAAAGACAGCGGUCACGGUGACAGUGAACAGGGUGACAGUGACCACGAUGCCACCAACCGGGGUCAUUCAACUGGCGCGGACCUGUUCUCCAACUGCACAGAGGAGUGCAAGGCCCUGGGCCACUCCGACCGCUGCUGGAUGCCGUCAUUCGUGCCGUCAGAUGGACGCCAGGGGCCCGACUACCGCAGCAACCUGCACGUCCCCGGCAUGGACGCCACACUGCCAGACACUGAGGUACCCUCCUCCGUCAACCUCACUGACCAGCUGACCGUGACCUCGUCCACCGCCUCGUCCAACGAUAGGUCAUUCUCCACCUUUGGCAAGGACGGUCAAAGGUCACAGUCACACCACAGCCUUCACCAUCACCUCCAUCAGCAACAGCAGCAGUACAGCUCCAGCACGCUAGAGAGGAAAGAGUAUGAUAGGGGGACCCUACCAUACAAACCCACCUUUCUCUCCCGCAAAAGGAUUUGCUAGCUCGUUCCACGUGGACCUGUCGGAGACAGCGUGAAUAUUCUUUGCCAGAACACCAACACCGAUGCUAGAGACAGCGGAGAACAAAACUGAACAGACAGCAACCUUGGUUACACUUCUUUAUCUCGGGUGGCAAAGGGUAUGGAAGCCUUGGCAGAAGGUUGCCAAGGGAGGAAAUGAGAAAUAAAUACUGAGUAGCUGUAAACCUCCAGAUAUCUGAGGAGCAAUCCAAGGCCUUAUUCUUCUCAGCGGGACUGAGACCAGGGCCAAAUCACUCGACAUGUGAAGAUUAUAAAAAUCAUCAGCAGAAAGGAACUGAAAUAAACCGAGGAAUACAAAAACGACACGAGAAAAGAGAGACUGAUGCGCUCACAGGUGGUUUGUCUUUUUGACUGAGGAGUUAGCCUCUAGAGAUCCGUGUGCCUGUUUACAUGAAGAAAAAAAAAAACAACAACGAACAAUUGUUUCUGUACAAACUACAACCGACGUCACAUGGAACCCUUUAGCUAUUUCUAUGGUCACCACUAAGCCGACUGUACAGAGACUGUGUGGGGGGAGUGAGGGACAAUUAGGAAGAGAGUGAGAGAGCAGGUGUUGUACAGGUAUGAAGCGAUAGGAAAAAAAGAAGGAAAGGAGGACAAGAAGAGAUGAUGUGCAGUACUAUAAAUUCUGUAUCUCUGGUUUUUUGACUUGACUGUCUUUAUAUAACUUCUCUCUUUUUUGUUUCUGUUGUUCUUUCUGUGUGGUUAAAGUGUGCUGACUCUCACAUAUUCCAACUUACAGUUACAGACAGGAACAUGAGAUCUGGAGCUGGGUCUUCUCUCGAGUGUAGCCACUUCAGGAAGGCGUGCUGAACAAGACAGAGAAAAAAAAAAAAAAAAAAAAUGCAGACAAUGCUUAGGAAGACGAAGCUGCCAACGACCCUGACGUUCUGUCUGUCAAUAAAAUAUCACAAAUGAAUGUUCUCAUUUCUACACUAGUGACUAACAGCUCUCCAGUUCCUUCCUGAGCUGACUGCGGAGAAAGUGAAAAGACCCCCUCACUAGGAUGUGACGCCAUUGGCCUAUACAUAAACAAUCAGACACAUUAAGUGGUUUUUAUCAUGUGUGCAAAGUGUUUACUGUGCUAUUUUAAAAAGCUUAUAAAUGAAUAUAAAUCUAUAUAUAUAACUAUAUAUAUAUAUAUACAAUAUACUUUUUUUUCUGAAAACUGUGUAACCAUUGGUUAGUUUCUACACCUCAUAUUGUCAUCUAAUAGUACCAAGUGCUACAAAAUCAACACGUGUAUCGAUUAAAACAGGAGGAGGAGUGCUGCCGCCUAAAAAAGCAAACCCCUUCACACCAACCAUG